AUGACCCGGAGUCACAGUGUUCAACUUGCUUCAGAAAAAGAAAAAGAAAACGGAAACGGAAAAUACACGGUUGCAGAGACAGAUACACACUCCGCCAGAUGCAUUCUACCGCUCCCAGACGAUGUCGCUGCCCAGGUCAAGUCGUCGACAGCCAUAGUCUCGGUAAGCCAUGUCGUCCUGGAACUGCUCAAGAACGCCCUCGACGCCAAAGCUACCAGAAUUGAAGCCGCAGUCGACUUUGCACGAGGCGGAUGUACAGUGGAAGACGAUGGAGUUGGAAUACCGCCAAUCGAAUUCCGUCACCAGGGAGGUCUGGACACGUCCAAAUACGCCGCUCAGGAAGCACAACUCGGCCGCAAUGGCACCUUCCUCGCCUCCCUGGCUGCCAUGUCCCUCUUGACCAUCACCUCACAUCACAAAGAGUACCUUUCGCACAAUUCCAUAACAUUUCACCACUCCAAACCUGUCGAGCGACAGCUGCCAGCCCCUGCCAACAAACAGGUACACAGCAAGCAUGGCACACGAGUGACUGUGCGCAACCUGUUUGGAAACCUGCCUGUCCGUGUAAAGCAACGGUCAGCAGCGUUGGAUCAAAAAGCCGAACAAGACCGACUCUGGGACGCGUUGAAGCGAGACAUCGUGGCACUAUUUCUGAGCUGGCAGGGUUCCGUUUCGGUAAAGAUUCGCAAUGGCGAUGGCAGAGCAAUUAUCAACCUCAACACGUCCAAUUCGCCCAAGCCUACAGGUGACAAGUGUGACCACAACAGUAGGCAACCUCCUGUACGCCUUACUCCUAUGCUCAACGUCUUGACACAGGCCGACUGCAUCGCAGUAGACGAAUGGCCAAGUUGGAUACCAGUGUCAGCAUCCACAUCAGCCCUGUCUGUCAAAGGUGCCAUAUCUCUCGUACCAGCACCCAGCAAGCAUGUCCAGUUCUUGUCGCUGGGUAUACAACCUAUACUGGCAGAGCACGGAAAUAACGAGGUUUUUCACGAAAUCAACCGACUGUUCUCGCUAUCUAGCUUUGGCGUCAAUCAAGACGACGGGGAAAUGGACGAGCUCGAGAAGACACGUCGGCGAACGGACCAGAGGUUCAAGAGCGAUGGGUACACAAAUCGCCAAUUGCAGUCUCGAAAAGGUGUCGACAGACAUCCCAUGUUUCAUUUGCGCAUUACUAUGAAGCAAGUCUCCCCGGAUUCCGCUGCAGAUCAGCUUGGUGACGAAAGCACAUUACAAGAUGUAUUAGAGGUUCUGGAAGCCAUGAUCACACACUGGCUUUCAGCACAUCACUUUUGCCCACAGCAGCGUCGAAAAAAGCGUGGCAGGUCUGAUACCACAUCUUCAACACUCGAUAGUUCCAGAGAGAACGGUACUCCAACUACGGGACCGCUGUCAGUAUUGCUACAGCCGCGCAUAGAUCGGUCUCAUACUAGUUCCAAGUCUCGCAAGAAGACUCAAUCUAAACGCCCCCGUUCGCAUGUCAUAUCAGAUAAAACUGACAGUCAAGUCUUCGCCGACUGGUCUCGCAUCAAGAGUGGAAAUUCCGACUUCCAUAAAAAGGUGCCUCAAUUGGCCAGAUUAAAGACACCGUCUGCUUCCUCAAAGCUUGCAGCUGGUCCAGAGACACCACAAAGCAGUUUCACGGCUGCUCAGAGGUUUGCGAACUUGGAUGUUGAGCAUGUCCAGCAAGGCGCUCUCAGUAUGCAAGGAGCACAUUCUGCUUCUGAAAACACGACUUCAGAAGUCCAGACGCUGCAGAAUGCGAAAGAUGAUACGAUACUAUGGACUGAUCCGGUGACUAAGAAGACGUGCUUACUAAACGCUCGUACGGGCUGUGUAGUAUCAGACCUGCCGUCACAGCCAAACACUACUCCCGCCUCCAAAGACCUUGUCCUAUCUCAAAAGACCAUGAACAAAUCGCUGCGACUUCCACAAAGGCCUCCAACAGCGGCAAUCGCAGAAACUGCAUGGCUGACAAAUAUAUUGCAAAAUUGGGAGAAUCCAGUUUUUAACGUCAGCGAGAGGCGUAUCCAGCAAGUCGACCUGCACGAGCCAGGACUCGAACACAGUGGCUACAGCCAUUCCAGGCACAGGUGCUCGCGCAUUGAUAUUGACAAGGCUUUCAGCCAAGUCGCCGCGGAUACAAAGUCUGGCAAGCUGUCCAGGUAUGGUCUGCAGCAUGCACAAGUUAUCUCCCAGGUUGACAAGAAAUUCAUUCUUGUAAAGAUGAAGUCUUCACCCGCCGCAGUAGCUCCAAAUACACAGGCUACAGAACUACUGGUCCUCAUUGACCAACACGCCGCAGACGAACGCAUCCAAGUCGAAGACCUCUUGCGUGGACUUUGCACCCCAGCCAACAACCAGACCCCUUCGGCCGGCUACCAAUCCAAACUCGGCCACAAAUCUCACGUCACAUGCACACACCUCGAGAAGCCAGUGCAAUACACAAUCUCCCAGAUGGAACGCACGUAUUUCACCACGUACGCCUCACGCUUCGCAACUUGGGGCAUCCUCUUCGACUUGCCCGACAACACAGCACCGAGUGCCUCUUUGCCCAACAAGGCCAAACUCCCGUGUCUACUCUCCGUCACCACGCUGCCCCCCGCCAUCGCCGAACGAUGUAAAUCCGACCCAAAGCUGCUCAUCACGCUUCUCCGCUCAACAGUGUGGAAGUACGUCGAGGAUGGACAUGUCCCUGACUUGACUCCGAUGCCCUCUUCCUCCUCUUCCUCCUCUACCAUGGACCCCAAGACACAAUGGCCCCGCCAUCUAUCAACCUGUCCCCCCGGCCUCAUCGACAUGCUCAAUUCGCGCGCCUGCCGGUCUGCCAUUAUGUUCAACGAUGAAUUGAGCGUGUGCGCAUGGUCGGCCGAGUAUGGUGCCGCUGGUUGA